GGAGCCGUGGUGCGCGCGGGCCGGGCUUGGGCAGCGGAGGGAGCAGCGGCGCCAAGGUCUUAAAUCUUUAAGGAAGAAAUUGGUGUAUUUACCAAUUAAAAAAAAAAAAAAAAAGUUUACCUAGUUGUGUACUGCCUGCGUACGAGCCAAGAAGGAAUAACAUGUCAGCGCUUGAAUAACAAGAAAGAAUAACAUGUCAAGAAUAACAAUGGAAAGCUCCAAGAUGGGUGAUGAAGCAACACAGAAAACCUCCAUUUCUGAGACUGAAGAACCAAAGUCUGUAGAUGCCAAGGAGGAACUCUUGGAUGAAUGUGAGAGCAUCUGGAAGCAGAUGGAAGAGUGUCAGAGCAAGCUAACACUCAUAAGAGCAGAACCACUGACAGAAUCAGAUGCCAAACUUUCCUUAUUAGUGAUGCAAAUGAAAGCUUUAACAGCGGAGUUUACUCAAUGGCAAAAAAGAAGUCCUGAAAUAAUUUCGACUAAUCCAGAGGUACUGCUAACAUUAGGAAAGGAAGAGUUGCAGAAAGUAAAGAAAGAUCUUGAAAUGGUGCUGUCAAUAGUUCAGUCAAGGAAUAAAAAACUGAGAGAAGAUUUGAAAAGAGAACAACAGUGGCAUGACGAACAGGAGAAGAUACUAGAUGCUCUUAAAGAAAUUGAGAAAAAGAUGGAAACUGAAGUUGUAUCACAUUCCAAAAAAAGAGCAUUCCGAGAACUGAAAAAUGAAGUCUUGAAAGUAAAGGCAUAUAAGGAAGAACUCUUAAAUGCUUUGGGUGAUUUCCUAGAAGAACAUUUUCCCCUUCCAGAGGAAGAUGGAAGAGCUAAAAAGACAAAAAAGAAAACGUCUCAAGAGCCAGGUACACAACUGAUAACACUGCAUGAAAUUUUAGAGACCCUUAUAAAUAAAUUAUUGAAGACACCGCAUGAACCCUAUGUAACAAUCAACGACUCAUUUUGGCCACCUUAUAUUGAGCUGCUUCUGCGAUGUGGAAUUGCCCUGAGACAUCCAGAAGAUCCACACAGAAUACGCCUAGAAGCCUUUCAUCAAUAGUGUGAAGAUUUCUUUAAAACAAAGCAAAGCACCAGUCCUCUUCUCGGGAAGAGAUACUUAUGUUUUAUGAUGUACAUAUGUGUUUGUAUCAGCAACUUGAUCAGUAAAGAAGUUUAGUAAUCUGUUUACCUUAAAAAGUCAUAUUUUAUAUGUGAUUAUUCUGUGCUUUUUAACUCUUCUCAAUUUCAUUUAAUAUUUCUUUGCUCUCUGUAGAGUCAAGAUCUGAAGUAACUUGACUCCUUUGUGAACAGUAUGUUUCCUAGAGACAUUGCAAAUAAAUACAUUGUUUUUAAGAUA